CAUCUUUGGCACCACCCAAUUCCUAUUUUACCAACCAAACCUACCACAUAACCACCACCCUAUCUCUCUUGCACACUCUUUCUCUCUAUCACUCUCCUUGUCUUAUACCUUUCAGCGGGUUUUCGUGGCGAUCAAGAGUUACCAAGGAUGGGGGAAGAACAAGAUGAAAGCAAGAAACAUGUAACUUUAGAAACCGAAUUAAAAUCAAGUCAUAUAUCAACUUCACCACCCGAACAUGAAUCAGGUCCGGUUGCAACACCACCACCAGAGAAAACAAACUGUUUGCAGGGCGGUGACCAUGCUGGGCUUGAAAUAGUUGUCACAGAGAAGAGAAUGGCACUAAUCAAAGCCUGGGAAGAGAAUGAAAAGACGAGGGCGGACAACAAGGCUUACACAAAAAUAUCAGCAAUCGGGGCAUGGGAGAAUACUAAAAGAGCGGAAAUAGAAGCUGACCUCAAGCAGAUUGAGGAAGACAUUGAAAUCGAGAAAGCAAAGCAGAGAGAGAAGAUGAAGAACAGGAUGGCUGCUGUUCAUAAGGAAGCAGAAGAAAAACGUGCGGCCAUAAUAGCGAAAAAGGGGCAAGACCUCAUCAAGGUGGAAGAAGCAGCUGCAAAGUUCCAUGCUACAGGCACUUUGCCAAGCAGAUUGUUUAAAUGUUUCGGCUAUUAACUAGCCGAUGAUAAGAAAAUCAUUUCAAGGAUACAAGUUAUUAUAUACUGUGUAUCACUGUUAAGAUGAUAUUUUAUAAACUUAUAUCGUUCAAUGCCC